GCAGCGCUCCUGAUAAAUGUCCCUGAUGGAUGGUAAGGAGGCCCCUAUGAUCCUCUCAGCUGUUCUCACAGUACUCUGUAGGAACUUCUAUUCUGAUGCUCUGCUGCUCCCAUACCAGAUGGAGAUGCAGCUUGUCAGGAUGCUCCCAAGCAUGCUCCUAUAAAAUUCAGUUAAAAUGGAGAGGUGUGAGGAGCCUCAUGCCUCAGUCUCCUCAGGAAGUGGAAGAUGCUGUGGCUUCUUAUUCAGGGAGGAGAUAUUCAAGGACCAGGUGAGGUCAUCCAUGAUGUGAACUCCCAGCAACUUGGUGCACCUAACUGUCUCUAUAGUGGAACCACAAUUGCACAGAGGGAAAUUGCUCAUCUCCACCUUCCUGAAGUCCACAAUCAUUUCCUUGGUCUUCUCCAUGUUUAGACUUGGCUUGUUGUAAGUAAAUCUUGUCUACAGUACUUACACAUUUUGGGUUUCAAGCUGUUGCCAGAUAUCACUGGUAUCCCAUCGUCCUCCUGUGCAUCUCUUAUUCUGAAUGUUUUCCUUCUUCUGCUCAUUCUAGUUGGGGAUUGUUCAGAACUUGUCACUCUCAGCCUGAGAUGACCCUGCAGAUCCCCAUGCCACGUCCCACUUACUCCAUGGCUCGAGAGAACCUCAUCAAGGCAGUACCACCCCACCUGAUCUGCUCUCUGGUGUGUGGAGGGAGGCAGUGUCGCUACGAGGGACCUGAUGAUUGGACCCUGCAGCAGCAAGCCAUCCGGGGCGUGUUCUCAGCAUGGGUCACUGACAACAUCCUGGCCAUGGCAAGACCAUCCACGCAACUCAUUAAGAAGUUCAGCAUCAUCAAACAGUUCAAAGGGUUGAAUAUUAGGUCUGUGAUAAAUCUACAGGUUCCUGGUGAGCAUGGGCAUUGUGGAGACCCCCUGGAGCUAAAGAGUGGCUUCUCCUAUCUACCCGAAAUCUUCAUGGAGAAUGAUAUUUACUUUUUUAACUUUGGAAUGACAGAUUUUGGAGUCUCCUCGCUGGUGCGUAUACUGGAUGCAGUGAAAGUGACAUCCUUUGCUGUACAGGAGGGAAAUGUGGCUGUGCACUGCCACGCAGGACUCGGAAGGACAGGCGUGCUGAUUGCCUGUUACCUGGUCUAUGCCACCCGCCUCAGCCCCUGUGAAGCCGUCCAGUAUGUCCGGAUCAAGCGUCCCUUCUCCAUCCAGACACGCACUCAGAUUGACCUGGUCUUUGAUUUUGCCCAGUUUGUGGACUCUCAGAGAACGGUGUUCACCAGUGCCAACCCGCAUGCCCACCCCGUCACCCUACAGCAACACCUUUAUCGCCAGCAAUAUCUCCUGCAUGGCUAUGAAGCGCGGCGCCUCAAGUAUGUGCCCAAAAUGGUGGACUAUGCCUGCAAGAGGCUUCUGCAGCUGGCAUUCGAUAGAGCGGACAGUGUCGCAGUGCAGGUGGAGAAGCAAAAGGAGAUGAGUGACCGUGUCAUGACCUUGCGCAUCAGGAAGACCAUCGCUUCCUUCAUUCCCCUGUUAGAGUCUUGCCAGACAAACAAGGAUCCCGUGGACCCAGACAAUGUGCUGAGACCUCCCAUCGACACGAACGGCUUCCUUAAACUGGGCAUUUCCUCAGAUGGAUGCACAGGGGUCUAUUCAGGCAGAUUUGCCAGGCUAUCACGAUCCCUCAGUGACUCCAGUCUCUGCAGAUCCACAUGCAAAUAUCAAGCACAGGAUAUCAUCGGUCAAUGGCCUAUGCCAGUGGGUCAAAAUCAAACCAAAGCUUUGGAAUGUGCCUUUGGUGGGCCAAACAAUCCACUGAGGUACUCCUUCAGCUGUGAGGGGAGGAGCAAAUUUGUAGGAGAUGGGCGCCAGGCACAAACUGACCAAGCAUCUCAACUCAUCCUCCCUGGACGAACCAACUCCCAACUGAGCAUCGGCAGCGUCAUGCCCACGACUCAAAAGAUAUGGACUGGCAGCAAGGGGAAAGUCCAUGGGAGCCUCUCAGUGAAAGAACAUAUCAGAAAAACAGAUGGCUAUGGCUUUUUCCUGGAA